AAGAGGGAGGUGAAAAGUUCGAGGACCCCCCGCUCCCUGUUAGGUUUUAUUUAGUUCGUGGCCAGCAAAGACUUGCCCUGACCCGACCUCCUAGCCUUUCCUCACCUGGUGCUGCUGCCUCUGAGCUCCAGACUGAAGGGGCAGCAAAGAAGUGGCCUGUGACCAUUGCAGGCCUUCUUCACACAGGGCUUGGGUGCUGGGCCCUGGGGUCAGCUUCCAAGACAGUUGCUGUUUCAAUCCAUCAUCCAUCCACCCUCCUCAAGGAGCAACCUCCCUAAGAGUUGGAUACAUGAGGCAGGGUCUCUGAGCUCUGUAGGCCUAGCUCCUCCUAGAGCUGAGGCAGUGAGAGGCUGUGGCUGAGGUUGGUCCAGCGAGUCCCUGAAACCUUUCUGAGCUUCAGUUUCCGCAUCUGUUACAGAGGUUAUUAAGACUCCCACGGGGAAAGCUGCUGCCGCUCACCCCGUGUCUUCUGGCUGCUUCCCUCUUUGCUGCCCCUCCCCACAGGCUCCCCCUCUGCACCUCCUGGGGACUGUCAUGAAUGGUGCCCCUUCCCUGGAGGACGGGGCCUUCCCCUCUCCUCCUCCCUUGCCACCACCCCCUCCCCCUAGUUGGCGGGAGUUCUGUGAGUCCGUUGCCCUGGAUUUUGCCCACCGUUUUCGCCUGUACCUGGCCUCCCACCCCCAGUAUGCAGGGCCCGGGGCCGAGGCUGCCUUCUCCCGCCGUUUCGCUGAGCUCUUCCUGCAGCUUGAAGCUGAGGUGGCCCGGGCCUCUGGCUCCCUCUCACCACCCGUCCAGGCCCCUCUGAGUCCUGGUGUGGAGAUCCCGCCACAUGACCUGUCCCUUGAGAGCUGCAGGGCGGGCGGGCCUCUGGCUGUGCCGAGCCCUUCUCCAUCAUCUGAGGACCUGGCCGGCCUCCUCCCUUCCUCGGUCUCUUCCUCUUCUACAACCUCCUCCUGGAAGCCGAAGCUAAAGAAACGCUUCUCCCUCCGUUCAGUGGGUCGCUCCGCCCGAGGUUCAGUCCGUGGCGUCCUGCAGUGGCGGGGGACCGUGGACCCUCCCUCCCCAGCCGGGCCCCUGGAGACCUCAUCAGGCCCCCCAGUGUUAGGUGGAAACAGCACCUCCAACUCCUCUGGUGGGGCUGGGACUGUUGGCAGGGGGCUGGUUAGUGGUGGAACAUCCCCGGGGGACAGAUGGACUCACCGUUUUGAGAGGCUGAGACUCAGUCGGGGAGGAGGGACCUUGAAGGAUGGAGCAGGGAUGGUGCAGAGGGAAGAGCUGCUGAGUUUCAUGGGAGCUGAAGAGGCAGCCCCUGACCCAGCUGGAGUGGGCCGGGGAGGAGGGGCAGCUGGGCCUACCUCAGGGGGAGGAGGGCAACCUCGGUGGCAGAAGUGUCGCUUACUGCUUCAAAGUGAAGGAGAAGGAGGAGGAGGAGGAAGUCACCUGGAAUUCUUUGUACCACCCAAGGCAUCUCGGCCUUGGCUCAGCAUUCCCUGCUCUACCAUCACGGAUGUGCGGGCGACCACAGUGCUGGAGAUGCCUGAUCCGGAGAACACAUUUGUGGUUAAGGUGGAAGGCUCCUCAGAGUAUAUCCUGGAGACAGCUGAUGCUCUACAUGUGAAGGCCUGGGUGUCUGACAUCCAAGAAUGCCUGAGUCCGGGGCCCUGCCCUGCUACCAGUCCCCACACCAUGACCCUCCCAUUGGCCCCUGGGGCCUCAUUUCUUACAAGAGAGAACACAGACAGCCUGGAACUGCCCUGCCUGAAUCACUCAGAGAGUCUGCCCAGCCAGGAUCUACUGCUGGGACCCAGCGAGAGCAACGACCACCGCCUGUCCCAGGGGGCAUAUGGGGGCCUCUCAGACCGCCCUUCAGCAUCCAUCUCCCCUAGUUCCGCCUCCAUUGCUGCCUCCCAUUUUGACUCAAUGGAACUGCUUCCCCCAGAGUUGCCACCCCGCAUCCCCAUUGAAGAGGAACCCCCAGCUGGGACAGUUCAUCCCCUCUCAACCCACUACCCACCACUGGACAUUCCAGAAACAGCCACAGGGUCAUUCCUGUUCCAGGGGGUAGAGGGAGGUGAGGGGGAGCAGCCCCUCUCAGGAUAUCUUUGGUACCACGGGAUGCUCUCUCGACUCAAGGCUGCCCAGUUAGUACUGGCCGGAGGCACCGACUCCCAUGGUGUUUUCCUGGUACGUCAGAGUGAGACGACGGGCGAAUAUGUCCUCACUUUCAACUCCCAGGGCAAGGCCAAGCACCUGCGUCUGUCGCUGAAUGAGGAGGGCCAGUGCCGGGUCCAGCACCUGUGGUUCCAGUCCAUUUUUGAUAUGCUCAAGCAUUUCCGGGUGCACCCCAUCCCUCUGGAGUCUGGAGGCCCCAGUGAUGUUGUCCUUGGCAGCUAUGUUGUGUCCUCCCAGCAGCAGCAGGGUGAGCAGAGCAGGUCUGCAGGGGAGGAGGUGCCCGUGCACCCAAGAAGUGAGGAGGCCGAGAGCAGGCCGGGAACCAUGCAGGGGUGUGCGAGGGAGAUUGACGCUACCCUGAUGCCUCCUGCACCCUCAUGCCCUUUGGAGCGAGUGACUGUGUAACCGAACACCUCCCACGACCCACCCCCACCCCCUGAACCCCCUUCAUGGACAGAUCCCCCACAUCCUGGGGCAGAAGAGGCGUCGGGGAUGUCAGAAGUAGCAGCAGCAACAGCCACAGCAGCCAAAGAGAGGCAAGAGAAAGAGAAAGUGGGCAGGGGAGGGAUCCAGGAAGAGCUGGUCCCCGUGGUUGAGUUGGUCCCCAUGGUUGAAUUGGAAGAGGCCAUGACACCAGGCAUGGAGGUCCAGGGAGGCCCUGGAUCUAGUGGGGUCCCUAAAGCAACACCGAUGGUGCAGCUCCAGCAGUGACCACUAGGAGGCGAUGGAAAAGAAGGGGGCCACCCCAGAGCCAUUGAUAACCAGUACUCCUUUGUGUGACACCCUGCCCCCACCCUUUCUCCAC